AUGUCUGAGGGUGUCGCUCAGCUCAAGCAUGAGGGCUCGCAGCGACAGGUAGUGGUGGCCGGCGCUGUCGCAGGCCUUGUGUCGCGCUUCGUCAUAGCCCCCCUCGAUGUUGUCAAGAUCCGGCUCCAGCUUCAGAUCCACUCGCUCUCCGACCCGCUGAGUGUGCAGGGCAUCAAUGGCCCCGUCUACAAGGGAACGCUGGGCACGCUCCGGCAGAUCCUGCAGCAUGAAGGCGUGACCGGGCUGUGGAAGGGCAACAUCCCCGCCGAGCUGAUGUACCUGGCCUACGGCAGCAUCCAGUUCUCCGCGUACACGUAUGCGUCGUCGCUGCUGGAGCAUCCCGAUGUGCCCGUCCGCCUCCCCGGGUCGGCCGUCAGCUUCCUCAGCGGCGCUGCGGCCGGCGCUGCGGCAACCACGGUCACGUACCCGCUGGAUCUGCUGCGCACGCGCUUCGCUGCGCAGGGCACCGAGCGCGUGUACAGCUCAAUCGCAGCGUCUGUGAGGCAGAUUGCACAGCAAGAAGGUCCUGCGGGCUUCUUCCGCGGACUUGGUGCUGGCGUGAGCCAGAUCGUGCCAUACAUGGGUCUCUUCUUUGCCAGCUACGAAGCGCUGAAGCCGCUUGUAGCAGAGUCGCCGGUUUCCUUGCCGUUUGGCACGUCCGACGCCGCUGCAGGCGUGAUUGCCAGCAUCCUUUCCAAGACCGCCGUGUAUCCGCUCGAUACAACGCGCAAGCGUCUCCAGGUGCAGGGGCCGAUGUUGACGCGCUACGUUCACGGCAAUAUACCCGAGUACAAGGGCGUUAUCAGCACUGUGUUGAGGAUAUGGAGGCAGGAGGGGAGACGAGGCAUGUACCGUGGGCUGACGGUCAGCCUGAUCAAGGCUGCGCCUGCGAGCGCCGUUACUAUGUGGACAUAUGAACGAGCCAUGGCAGCCAUGCUGGCUUGGGAAGACGCGCGAACAUAG